AUGGCAGCAGAAUUUAUAAAGAGUUGCUGUAGAGGAUGUUUCUAUGGUGACACAGAAAAGCAUAAUUUUUCCAGGGAGAGAGACUUUCAAGCAGCAGUCUCAGAGACUCAGGAUACCCCUGUCUCUGUCCCUCCAUUGACUGCUGUUUCGGUAAAGCCUCAGGUUGGCUGUACUGAGGAUUACUUGCUUUCCAAAUUACCAUCUGAUGGCAAAGACGUACCAUUUGUGGUGCCCAGGUUUAAGCUCUCAUAUGUUCAGCCCAGGGUACCAGGAACUCUGUCACAUCUGGAGGAACUUGAAGGAUCUGCCAGAGCAUCUUUUGGAGAUCGAAAGGUAGAACUUUCCAGUUCAUCCCAGCACGGACCUGGCUAUGACAUUUACAACCCGUGCUACAGGUAUCCGCACAUUUCACCUGAUCUGAGCCGGCGCCUUCCUCCUCGUUCAGAAGCGGCGAGACUGUACGGAUCAGUUUGUGACUUAAGGACCAGCAAACUUCCCAGUUCCCCUGGGCUAAGCAAGUCUAUGUUUGAUCUUACAAGUUCAUCUCAGCGGUUCAUGCAGAGACAUGAUUCCUGGUCCAGCAUGCCUAGCACUUCUUCUUCAAGGAAAAAUUCCCAGGGCAGUAACAGAAGCCUGGAUACAAUUACUCUGUCAGGAGAUGAAAGAGAUUUUGGGAGAUUGAAUGUGAAAGUGUUUUAUAAUUCUUCAGUAGAGCAGAUCUGGAUCACAGUUUUGCAGUGCAGAGAUUUAAGUUGGCCUUCUAAUUGUGGAGACACUCCUACUAUUUCUAUAAAAGGAACACUGACAUUGCCCAAACCCGUGCAUUUCAAAUCUUCAGCAAAGGAUGGCUCUCAUAUUAUCGAAUUCAUGGAAACUUUUGUUUUUGCUAUUAAACUCCAAAGUCUACAAACCGUAAGGCUUGUAUUUAAGAUUCAAACCCGGACUCCCAGGAAGAAAACCAUCGGAGAAUGCUCACUCUCACUCAGAACUCUCAGCACACAGGAGAUGGAAUACUCUUUGGAUAUAAUGCCAUCUUCAAAAAUCUCUGUUUGCCAUGCAGAACUUGAACUGGGGACUUGUUUUCAAGCCGUAAAUAGCAGAAUUCAGUUACAGAUUCUCGAGGCACAAUACCUUCCAAGCUCUUCAACACCUCUUGCUUUGAGUUUCUUUGUGAAGGUGGGAAUGUUUAGUUCAGGAGAGUUGAUUUAUAAGAAGAAGACACGCUUACUGAAGGCCUCCAAUGGAAGAGUAAAGUGGGGAGAAACUAUGAUUUUUCCACUUAUACAGAAUGAAAAAGAAAUUCUUUUUCUUAUUAAGCUUUACAGUCGGAGCUCUGUAAGAAGAAGACAUUUUGUGGGGCAGGUUUGGAUAAGUGAAGACAGUAAUCACACUGAAGCAGCAAAUCAGUGGAAAGAAACAGUUACAAAUCCAGAAAAGGUUGUUAUCAAGUGGCACAAAUUAAACCCAUCUUGA